AUGCUCCGCCGCCGCACGGGCAAGGACAAUGAUCCGACCUCCGACAAAGUCGACGGCUCCAAGGCUGAGGAAGAACGGCUGCGUGCGGAAGUCGAUGAUGCGAAAGUUAAGCAGGUCGUUAUAAAACCCCGGAGCAAACGUCGCAAUGGGUUUAUCUUCAUGCUGGGUGGCUUCUUUGGCAUCUUCAUCGCCUUGUUCUUCGCGAACCAGCAUGAGGUCAUUAGCCUGGAUUCUCUCAUGGACCUGAAUCUUGAAUCAUUGAUGGAUGUAAUCCCUCAAGGCAUUCUCAGCGACGUAAAAGAAUUCUCGCAACACGAACGCGAUACCGUCAGUUAUGAUUCUUUCUCUGUUGGACUGCACCUGCAAUCCCAGGGCAUCAAUGCCAAACAUCCUGUUGUCAUGAUCCCAGGAGUCAUCUCCACUGGCUUAGAAAGUUGGGGCACCGGGGAAACUUCGCGACAAUACUUCCGCCGGCGGUUAUGGGGCAGCUGGACCAUGAUGAGAGCGUUAGUUAUGGAUAAAGCCGAGUGGAAGAACCACGUCAUGCUCGAUCGGGACACGGGUCUUGACCCUCCUGGCAUUAAGCUCCGUGCCGCGCAGGGAUUCGAUGCCACGGAUUUCUUUAUCACGGGGUAUUGGAUUUGGAACAAGAUUUUGGAGAAUCUGGCUACCAUUGGCUAUGAUCCGACCAAUGCUUUCACAGCUGCGUACGACUGGCGACUCUCAUAUCCCAACCUUGAAGUUCGAGACAAGUAUUUCACUCGUCUCAAGUCCUACAUCGAGACAGCAGUCCAUUCGGAGGGCGAGAAAAUUACAUUGGCAUCGCACAGCAUGGGAUCCCAGGUGGUUCUAUAUUUCUUCAAGUGGGUAGAGAGCGAGGAACACGGAAAAGGCGGCAAAGACUGGGUCAAUAAGCAUAUUGACUCAUGGGUUAACAUUAGUGGUUGCAUGCUGGGCGCUGUCAAGGGGUUGUCCGCCGUUCUCUCCGGAGAAAUGCGGGAUACGGCGCAGCUGAACGCCUUUGCUGUGUACGGACUAGAAAAGUUCCUAUCCAAAGAAGAACGAGUGGAGAUUUUCCGUGCCAUGCCCGGUAUUUCCAGCAUGUUACCAAAGGGCGGCGAGGCUAUAUGGGGCAACUCAACCUGGGCACCAGAUGACCAACCCGGCCAACUCGCGACCUUCGGCAACCUGCUCAAUUUCCACGAGACCAACUCAUCUUGGACACGUCGCAACCUUACUGCGACGGACAGUCUGCAGUACCUCUUGGACCAGAGCGAGGACUGGUACCGCAACCAAGUUCUCAAUAGCUACUCGCAUGGUGUCGCACACACAAGACGCGAGGUCGAAGCCAACGAAAAGGAUCCGCGAAAAUGGCUUAAUCCCCUGGAGGCACGUCUGCCCCUUGCCCCAGACAUGAAGGUCUAUUGUUUCUAUGGCGUUGGCAAACCCACAGAGCGCAGCUACUUCUACCAAGAAGAAUCCGAUCCCAUGGUCAACCUCAACGUUAGCAUGGACACAACUGUCACCAACGGCGAGGGACUCGACCACGGCGUUUUGAUGGGCGAGGGCGACGGUACCGUGAACCUAAUUAGCACGGGCUACAUGUGCGCCAAAGGCUGGCGCAUGAAGCGUUACAAUCCAGCAGGUUCAAAGAUCAAGGUCUUUGAAAUGCCUCACGAGCCUGAGCGCUUCUCGCCCCGUGGUGGCCCUAACACCGGCGACCACGUCGACAUCCUAGGCCGCGCCUCCCUCAACGACCUUCUCCUCCGCGUCGCCGGCGGCAAAGGCGAUCUAAUCGAAGAGACAUUUGUCUCCAACAUCCGCGAGUACGCGGAUCGUGUACCAAUCUUUGACGACGAAUAG